ACAAGAGGGUCGCUCAAUAGACCGCCAAACGGGAUCAGUGACAGUUGCGUCCCGACUCUGACAUUUAAAUUGAAAUUACCUUUGAAAUGAUCAGAGCGACGUAAUAAUUGUUCAGCACAAAUCGUGAAAAUAGAAAAAGUGUUCCUUAAAGUGCGACAGUUUUGUAACUUUUUGCAAUGGCGCUGAAAUCAAUCGCUCUAUACCUGCUAGUAGGGCUGUCUUGGGGUACCACAAUUCAUGCAUCAUCCGAGUAUAAUCGUUAUGUGACGCAGCUAUUUCAAAAGUACGGCAGUGGCAACACCAUUAGCUUUGAGGGCUUGGAGCACUUGAUGUACAGCCUAGGCCUUGGAUACAUUGAAUUUGAGCCCACCCAUACGAUAGAAGAGCAUCGGCCGGAGGGUUACAACAACAGCAAGCUUAAGGUGAACACCACCUAUUCUAGCACUGACGACGCCUCCAACGAUGUGCUGCUGUCCUUCAAUCAGCUCCAACAAAAGAAGGACGACAAUAGCCAAACGAACUCCAUUGACGAUGCCCAUCCGAUUGAGUUUCGAGAAAUGCACGAUCCCAAGCAUCGGCAUCCCAGGGAAAGCAGUGUUAGCGCCGAUGGAGCACCAUUCCCUGAGGCCGCGUGCCUAUCGCCAAAGUCGCUUCUGUCGCUGAUUGUGGAUCACAACGAUCUUCACCGCGGUCCAAUGUACAGGCAGAUAGUACAGACGGAAGAGCACAAUUGGGAGGAGGAGUACAAUGAGUUCAUCAACAACGUUCGAAUCACGCCUGGCGCCUUCAUGAAGCUCUGCCCGGCACUGCUCGCACAGAUCGAUAAUGGAGUUUGUGUUCAGCCGGCGCCCCAUCCCAGGCAUCUAGAAACCGAAAGAGGGAAACGGAUUUGGAACGCUUGGAUAUACGCAAGCAUCUCCAUGUUUGUGCUCUCAGCUUGCGGACUUUUGGGUAUUUUGCUCGUGCCCCUGAUGAAGACGAUCGCUUAUCAGAAAAUACUAAAGUUCCUUGUCGCGAUAGCCGUGGGCACCCUUGCAGGAGACGCCUUUAUGCACUUGCUGCCACAUGCUCUCUUCAAGGAAGAGAAACACGAGCAGGCAUUGGGGCCUCUUCGCUUGAAAGACAAGGAGCAGGGCCACAAGCACAGCGCGGAGGCGGCCUUGCUUUGUGGCAGUGCGUUUCUUGCGGCAUUGUUCAUGUAUGUGCUGGAAAACAUAAUUCCGAUCAUAAAAGGCGAUAAGGCUGGCCAUGGGCACAGUCAUGGACAUGGACACGGUCACCCACACACUCAGAUGCACGGCUCGCAGGAUGUGGAUAAAGUGCACGCAAAACUAGAAGCACCGGCACCUCGUGAACUGAAUGUCAUGCUGCACGAGACAAAGGAAGAUCAGAAGUCCCCAAAUCGUCCACUAACGCCCGUGGCAUUCAUGGUCAUUAUUGGGGACGGACUUCACAAUCUCACCGAUGGUCUGGCAAUAGGAGCCGCCUUUGCCAGUGAUCCCGUUACAGGGCUAGCCACUGCCUUUGCCGUCCUGUGCCACGAACUGCCCCAUGAGCUAGGUGACUUUGCUUUGCUUUUACAAACUGGCGUAUCUAUACGUCGCGCCGUCUAUAUGAACAUUGUUAGUUCGGUGCUGAGUUUUGUGGGCAUGUCCAUUGGUCUGCUACUUGUUGGCAUAGGCAAUGACAUGACGCAGUGGAUCUAUGCGGCAACUGCGGGCUCGUUCUUAUAUAUAGCCUUUGCCGAUCUGGUGCCUACGAUGAGUGUGGCUCACGAUCCAAAUCAGGCUAACGAUGUAAAAGGCAUUCUCAUUCAGAUAUUAGGCAUCUUCUUGGGUGGAGCUAUAAUGUUAAUCAUAGCAGUCAACGAGCAAGAUUUGGAGGGCUUAUUUCAAAGUUUUUAAGUUGCUCACUGUCUCCGUCUCACUGUGUUAGAAUCUCAAUCAAAAAACUAGAACAGCGCUUGCAUCACCUUCCAGACUGUUAAUUAAUCAUUUUUAUCUGUAAUCAGUUUAAAAGAUCAACUGUGCCUAACUUUAAAUCGCUCUUAAGCAACACAAAAAACCAUUGAAAAUAUUAUUGGUUGUUUAGUUAAGUCACAUUAAAUAUUUGUUUGACAAACUUAUGUAAAUAUUGUCUCUUGUCUCUUCGUGUUCCGUUGACUGUAAAUGGCGUGAGAAAUAAAGUUGAUAGAUUCCUUUUUGCUGUCACCAUAGUAGACUUAUAGUUAAAAUUACCUAAAUGAAAAUCAAAUGACUUAAAAAAACUGUAAAAAAGCAUAAAUAUAAACAAAUAAGACGUCAUAUUUGGUUGUGUGUAGUUGCCGAGGAGUUAAAACCCAGAUAUCGAGCCAUAUUCUUAACUAUUUCGCAUAAAUAUUCCUGCUUCUAUGUAUACGAGUAAAUAUGCAAUUUUACUGUCUAUGUUUUAAUAAACAAUAAUAAUCUGUAUAAAAUACCAAUACUGCACAAUAGAUAAACCCAAUUUUAAAGUUUUAUAUGUAUCUAUACGACUAUUAAA